CCGAGCGGCCCGGCAGCCUCACGCCGCUGCCUCGAAGCUUCUGCCGGUGCCGGGGCCGCGGCGGCGCGGGGGACGGCGGAGCGCGCGCGGGCCUGCGCAGACCGCCGGGCGCGGUGCGGGAGCACCGCCCAGCAGAAAGUGGCCCAGAAAGGAUGGUGUGGAGGAGGGGGCAGGACCCGAGUGGCUGGACAGCUGGGCGCCCCCUGCAGGUGCCUGGGACGCCGGCAUGGAACAUGGGCCUGUGGCCGCAGGCCUUGGCUGCCUCCCGGGCUGUGCCCCAGGGCGAAAGCCCCGAAAGGCCGAGUGAGCUGACGCCUGGAGACUUCUUUUAAGAUGACCCGCACCGACCCGCCGGAUCUGCUGGUGUCGACCGUGUACCAGGACAUCAAGGUGGCGGCCCCGGGGCCCGUGUCGAGGCCCCCGCCAUGUGAGCGCCCCAUGGCUCGGCCUGCAGCGCCCGCGCCUUUCAACAAGCGCCACUGUCGAAGCUUCGAUUUCCUGGAGGGGCUGGACGGGGUGGCCAUGGAGGCCCGCCCAGAGGCGCCGCCUCCGGAGCCCGCUGCGCCGCGCGCCCGAUCUCGCGACGGCGAGACCCGGCGCCGCGCCCGUUCCAAGAGCGCCCCCCGCGCGCCCCCGAGCCUGGCGCCCGCGCCCGCCUCACCCCCCGUGCUGCCGCGCCGAGGCCGAGAAGCGCAGCGAACGGCGCGGGCCGACGCGUCGCCCCGCCGGGAGCCCGCGUACCCCGCGCUGCGCGCGCUCGCCAACGAGCUGCACCCCAUCAAGCUGCAGCCGCAGCGGGGCGGCCCUGGCCGCAUCGCGCCCCUCUGCGCUGCAGCCAACCGCUGCGCUCCAGCCGAGCCAGCCGAGCCACCCGCGGGGCCCGCCCCCCACGUCCGCUGCCGCCUGGACAUCAAGCCAGACGAAGCGGUGCUGCAGCACGCCGCCCGGGGCUCACGGCCCUGCGGGCCCCCCGAGACCGCGCCCUGGCCCCGCGCCGCCCCGCAGCUCCACGGCCUUACGGUGCCCGGGCCUCGCCACGUGGCCCUCUCGCGCACCCCCACCCCCAGUGACUCCUACUGCGCCGACCCCCGGGCGCUGUACUGCGACGGGCCGCUGCCCGGGCCCCGGGACUACGCGGAGCGCCGGAGUGUGCCCUUCACCACUCCGCCGGGGCCCACCCAGUUCUUCUACACGGAGGAACCCGAGGGCCACCCUGGGGGCUUCAUGGCCAGCCCUGGCCCGCCCUUCGACGGCUACUAUCCCAGGCCCUUUCUGCCCGAAGAGCCCCCGGGGCCCAGUCCAAGACGCGGGAGCGGCUACUACGCGGGGGAAGUUCGAACUUUCCCGGUCCAGGAACCACCCUCCCGCUCCUACUACGGGGAGGCCCCCCGCGCCUACGGCCCGCCCUGCGGCCCGCGUUAUGCCCCCGAGGAGCCUCGAGCCCGCCCCGCCGCCCGCGCGUUUUACACUGAGGAUUUCGGGCGGUACCGCAAUCGAGAAGCCCUGACGCGGACUUAUCCACACCCGCGAGGCAGCCCGGCCUGGGGCGACUGGGGCCCGCGGCCUUACCGCACCCUGCAGGUGGCGCCCCCGCCGGACCCCGGCCCGCUGCUCGCCUCCUGGCACGGCGGCACGGGCACCAGUCCACCCCGGCUAGCGACCGACAGCCGCCACUACUCGCGCUCCUGGGACAACAUCCUGGCACCAGGGCCGCGCCGCGAAGACCCCUUGGGCCGUGGCCGUAGCUACGAGAACCUGCUGGGCCACGAGGCGCGGGAGCCGCGGGGCACGUCCCCCGAAGGCCGGCGCCCGCCCGUCGUCGUGAACCUGUCCACCUCGCCCCGACGCUACGCGGCGCUGUCCUUGUCCGAGACGUCCCUGUCCGAGAAGGGCCGUGUUGGGGAGGGCCCCGGCCGAAACUGGUACGUCACCCCGGAGAUCACCAUCACCGACAACGAUCUGCGCGCCGCCGAGCGCCCGGCCGCCAGGAGCUGGGAGAUGCCGGGAAGCCGCCCCCGCCAGUAUCAGCCCGCCGCCCCCGACGGCCCCGCCUCUGGCCGCCAGCGCAGCCUCGAGCAGCUGGACGAGCUCAUCACUGACCUGGUCAUCGACUCGCGAUCCCCAGCCGGCCAGGCGCUCGAGCCCACGUCCGACGGCCUGGGCCGCCAGUUGCGGCGCCUGCUCGACUCGCGGCCCUCGGGGCCCGGGGGCCCGGCGCUGGCGCCGCGCUCGCCACCUGCGUCCGCCGGUAGCGCAGAAGAGCCCGCGGGCCAGGGGCAGGCGGCCGACGCCUCCCCUGAGCCCAGCGCCGACGAGGACGACCUGAUGACGUGCUCCAACGCGCGCUGCGGGCGCACCGAGACCAUGUUCAACGCCUGCCUCUACUUCAAGUCCUGCCACAGCUGCUACACCUACUACUGCUCGCGCCUGUGCCGCCGCGAGGACUGGGACGCGCACAAGGCACGCUGCGUGUACGGCCGCGUGGGCAGCGUGUGCCGCCACGUGCUGCAGUUCUGCCGCGACAGCGGCCCGGUGCACCGCGCCUUCUCGCGCAUCGCGCGCGUCGGCUUCUUGUCCCGCGGCCGUGGGGUGCUCUUCCUGGGCUUCCCGAGCCCCGGCUCCGCAGACAACUUCCUGCGCUUCGGCCUCGAGGGGCUGCUGCUGUCGCCCACCUACCUGUCGCUGCGCGAGCUGGCCACGCAUGCGGCCCCUCUGGGCAGCUAUGCUCGGGAGCUGGCGGCCGCUGGGCGCCUCUACGAACCAGCCGAGUGCUUCCUGCUCAGCGUGUCGGUGGCUGUGGGCCCCGGGGCCACCCCGCCCGGCGCCCCUGCCAGGCCAGUGCCCGCGCCUCGCAGCCCGGGACCCACGGUGCGCAAGUUCGCCAAAGUGGCGCUGGCGGCCGGCAGCCCAGCACGGCCGCCCCCCGCGCGGGGUCGCGAACCCGACAUGGAGACUUUGAUCCUGACGCCGCCGCCCGGCACUGCGGGCCUAGACCAGGACGGCGAGGCGGGCCGGCGAGCACGCGAAGUGGCCUUCAUUCACAUCCAGCGAGAGCUGCGGCUGCGCGGCGUCUUCCUGCGCCACGAGUUCCCGCGCGUCUACGAGCAGCUCUGCGAGUUUGUCGAAGCCAACCGGCGCUUCACGCCCACCACCAUCUACCCCACGGACCGGCGCACCGGCCGCCCCUUCAUGUGCAUGAUCAUGGCUGCGUCCGAGCCGCGCGCGCUCGACUGGGUGGCCAGUGCGAACCUCUUGGAUGACAUCAUGUGAGCCGCGGGGGAGCGUCCGGCCCCGCCCAGUCCACCCAGGGCCCACCCUGAACCCCGUCAGGUCCACCAAGCCCCGCCCAGUCCACCCAGGGCCCACCCUGAACCCCAUCAGGUCCACCCAAGCCCCACCUGGUCCACCAGGCCCCGCCCACAUCGCCGCGAGCUCCGCCCCGUCGCGGUCUCAAGAAGCGCCGCCUUUCCCCCCCUUCCGGCGACAACUGUCCCAGUCCCGCCGGGCUCCCUCUCCCCCAGUUCGUCCUCGGGGCUCCCUAGAGGCAGGUCCUCGACCGCUUGGUGCUCCCCGCUGGGAGGCGGGGUGGGUCUGAGGACCAGCCCGCCCUGCCUUUGCGCGGAGAAGUCACUACUGCAGACCCGACCGCGCGUAUCCGACUCGUCCGCCCCCUGCCCAUCUGCAGGGCCUCCCUGGAGCGUCUCCAACCGCGGCUCGCCGUGGUCCAGGAGCCCGAGUUGACCAAAGCCUAGUCCUGUCCCUUUAAACACACCCCCCCCCCACCCGCUUCCUGUGGUCUGGGAUGCACCCUGCUCAGAGGCUUUUCCUCUCUGGAGGACAGACACGCUGAUUGGUCUCGGUGUGUCCGCACCCCGAGCACUUCCUGGCCUGGUGGGCUGGCAGGGCCGGCGGGGACCUGCGUGGGGCCCUCGCAGACUGGGUCAGACCUCGGUACACUGACGGUGCUGCCCGCCCUGCCGCGGGGGUUGGGGCAAGCAGCAGUAAAGGGGUACUGGGGGUGGGGGGCCCUCAACCAAGGCACAAGACACCCAACCAGAGGGGAGGAGGUCCUGGGCCGGGGAAGCAGAGGGGAGGGGCGCUGGCCAGAGCUCAGACCCGGCAGGGCGUGCGUUGGGCUGCCUGCUCUCACCCGGUCGAUGGCCCCAGGCGUGCGCCAGAGCGGCCCUAACCUCACAGGCGGGAGCAGGUGCAGAGGCUGGGUGAGCGCGAGCGGCCCAGGAGGCCCUCCAGCUGGGACCCUAUCAGAAGCCCUAGUGAGGACCGAGGAGGAGGUUCGUCCCCAGUCUGGAGCAGGGGCGGGAGCGAGCUACUUCCACAGGGCGGCGGUCCGUCAGAGGUGUGGGGGGCGCAGUUGCGCAAACGCCCGCGCUCUAACUCGCUCUGGCCCCGCCUUGUGGUGCUGGCUGGACGCUUGAGGCUGGAGUGCACGCUCCAGUGUCCGUUAUCCCCGCUCUCGUCGGGGGGUGCCCGCUGGCCCUGGCCCGAGAGGGCGAGGCCCGGCGCCCCGAAGGGCCUUCCUGAAGCCUCAGGCCCCCGUCAGGGCCAGGUGGUGGGAGGCAUCGAUUCAAUUAAAUUGUGGGCCCCACCCCCCACCUCCGAUCACUGCCCGCACCCCCGCCCGCGCACCCGCGCCCAUCUCCUCUCGUUCCUUCACCUGCCUGCGCGCCUGCCUCGGCUCCGCGCAUUCGCACUGGCCACGCGCCCCGCUUAGCCCCUCCCGCCUUCGCGGCCUCACAAACUGGCCGCCGCGUCCCCUGCCCAGGGGCCUCCGCCUUCGGCCCCACGCGCCGCCCAGGAAUGACCCUGGACUGGGGUUACUUCCAGAGGGGGAGCGCUUUUGAACCAAGGAAAAUAUAACUCGAAUGUAGCCA